AUGCUGGCAGGUGUCGCGCGCAAGGGAUGGGGCCAAGUCAGGGACCAGCCAAUCAAGACGACGCUGCCCGACCAUCUUCAGGAUCCACAAAAGUUCUCGCCUCGCUCUGUGACGACCCUCGACGAGGAAGACGAGGAGCGCGGAGACUCUGUCGUUGACUGGGAGCGCACCGUGAGACCUGCCGCCUUUCCGCUCGAUCUGCCCGCCAGUGUUGCUCGUUCCGUUGCCCAUUCGCGGGAAUCGUCACUCGAGAAGCUCGCUGGCCCUCUGCCUUCCUUGUCGUCGCCACGACUACCGCACUCGCACACCGCACACCGCGCCGGCGACCCCAAGGGUGGCACGUAUGGCCACCACCGCCAGACCUCCAUCGUACACGGCAUACAACACUCUCGAAAUGGAAGCCUCGCCAGCUCGUCUUCCAGUCCCCUCAGUCCGCAGAUAAUCGCUGCAGCUGGUGCUAGCCUCUCCGCCACCGACCGGCCAGACAUGUAUGCAGUGGCACGACAAGAGCCAGACGGUCCUGCGUCCGCCAUAGGACCGGGACCUGCGUCUGCUUCUUCUCGUCCACCCACAGCCCCGUCUGGCACUACGCAAGGCUCCGGCAGGGCAUCCCCUGCCGCCGCCAACACCACCGAAACCUCCACUCAGAGGAAGCUUGAACGCAUGCACAGCAAGACCAGACGCGAUGGCGCUCACCACCAUACCCACUCAUCGAGGCACAACAAGGAGGAUCAGCAAAAGACUGUGGGCGAGUAUGCAUUGCACGUGCUCUUCACGCAGUUCAUUGCGCAAGCCGAGGAGAAGCUCAACGAUUGCAUAACGGUGCCGUUCGACCCCGAGCCACAGGUCGAACUCGUAUGUGGGCCUGGGGUCGACACGACGUUCGACCAGAUCAUCGCCGCCCUCGGACACAUCGCGCGGCCUCGACCCAAGCCCCUCAUCGACUCGAUCAUGCUGUGGAGGAAAAGCAAGAGCGACGCCGCCAAUGAUGCCCGAGGCCAGUUGCAGCAAUCCAAGACGCCAACGUCCCUACAGCGCCGGAAUACGGAGCCGCUGCAGCCACUGUCUGCCGGGACCGGACCGUCCACAGAGAAUCCGUUGACAAGUCCAGGGGCUUCCAUGGCUGCCAAACAAGAAUUCGUAGCACACGCCGAACGUCGCUCGACAGUGUCCAUAUAUAUCCUUUGCCGAGUGCUGCUGCAAGUCAUCAGCCAGACGAGCCUGCCAUUGUUGACUCUCGAAAUGGAAGAAAAGCUCGAAGGCAUCAUUUUUGGCCAAUUGAAGAUUGCCGACACGGAUCAACUCGUCAUGAGCCCGCUGAAACUGGCCAACUGGAAUCUCUUUUCUCAGCUGCUUGGCGGCAUGAGCGAUAUCAACUUUAAGGGUGUCACGGAGCGGUUCCUUGGCGAUAUAGAUCGCUCUUUGCAGGAUCUCGCUGCCAAGAGUGCCAUGACGCAGGCUGGUCGCGAUGCCGAGGGCAAGAUCGAAUUGGUCCUGGGUGGCAUGAAGCAUCUCAAGAUUAAGAUCGCUCCAACCGAGGCGUGGGAAAACUCAUGCGACUUUCUGAUCAAGCUCGGAAGGCUUUUCAACCGGUCUCACGGACAGAAGGUCAAGACUGCUUUCUGUCAGGUUCUCGAGGUCCUCUUGCUACCCAUCGCAGCCAAGGCCACCUCUAAUGAGCUCUCCCAUCCGAAGUGGGCAGAAGUCUUAGCAGCUAUCGGCCCACGCCCGGCUCAGAUGUCCUUGAAGCCCCGGCACUGGAAUUUCGCCUUCCCCCUCACGGCAACCAUGCUUUGCGUCUCGACUCCCGAAACCUUUGCCGCACAGUGGAUGCAGUUGAUUCUUCCCUUACAGACUAAAAUCAAAGACCGACUCGCUCGACCUUUGUGUUUGCAAGUCGUCUCAAGGCUGGCAUGGGCUUACUUGUAUCGAACCAACGACACACCGGCCAACGCCUCUCGCAAACUUGAUGAGUUGAUGAGGCUCGUUCUCCCAGCCGCCAGGCGCAGUCUCGUCGCGUCUGACGCCUCGGUCAUCGACCCGUUACUACAAAUUAUCCGCAUCAUCGGUUUCAGAUAUCCUGAAUACUGCUUCAAAAACAUAAUUUUCCCGCUCGUCAAUGCCGAUCUAUUCCUGUCGGGCCGGGAGGCCAAGGUGGAGCAACUGGACCCUGAUCGCAUAGUCAUAGGCAUCCGGGCUUUCAUGGUCAUCAUGUCAGACCUCGAAAAGGGGUCGCAGGGCCGUCCGCCCUUUCCAGUGUCAUAUGUGCCGACACCAACACCCGAGCGAAUGCCUCUUUCGCCCUCGACUCCGUCACCGCAACAAGGGCCCUCAGCUACAGCUACAGUCCCCCCAAUCGAAAGCGAGGAGCUCCUGCGGCCCGUGGAUGCCAGCGUGCUAAGCGAUCCAGCUCGGGAGUAUUAUUAUAGGUUCUCUGAGGUGCUGGGCAAGAUAACGAUACACUGCGAUAACACUUUCGGCGGACAAGCGACCUUGGAUGAGAAAUUUAGCAGCCCGGGCCCCAAAACCCCUAUAGCCGACACCUUUACAUUCUCGAGACGGGAUGAUCACCAAACAGUGUCCGACUCGAAGCAACCCUUCUACGAGCUCUUACACGUUGCCGUUCAAGCACUCCCGCGUUGUCUUUCCACCGACAUACCCUUCAACUCACUGAUCAACCUCCUCUGCACUGGCACUGCCCAUGUUCAGUACAAUAUUGCCCAGUCCUCAGCACGGUCGCUCAAGGCCAUUGCUCGACAGUUGCACGCGCAGCAAGUCAUCAUGGGGUUUGCACGUUUUAUCUUCAACUUCGACGACCGGUACUCCACAAUGUCUGAUGGCGGCAUGCUCGGCCCUGGCCACAUUGAGAGUACCCUCCGCCUGUACAUCGAACUGCUGCAAAUCUGGAUCGAGGAGAUCAGGCAAAAGGCGCGGGACGCAUCCGUCGAACAGCCUGACGCGACUGACACGCGUGGUGCCAAACUUGACAUAUCCAGCACCUGGGCCGAAGUCGAUCAGGCCGAGGCCCACGGGCUCUUCUUCCUCUGCUCCCAAUCUCGCAGGGUACGGUAUUUUGCGAUCACAGUUCUGCGUUUGAUCAACGACUUUGAUGCAGCGCUUGGCAAGAGUAAAAGUGCAGAAGAUGGUGACUUGCGAGUGAUCGACAUUUUGGAGAACGACUCGAUGCAAGUAAUGAACUUCAAGGACGAACACCUUUCCGUCGCGGAACGGAGCAGGCUGCAGAGGGGAAUUCAGAACAGUAAUAGUCGGGGCGCCCUGGUCGAACUUUGCACAAGCGAUGUGUCGUACGACACGACCCUCUGGUUCAAACUCUUCCCCAACCUCAUCCGCAUCGCCUAUGAGAAGUGUCUUUUCACAGUCACCAUCGGCCGUGACCUAAUAUGCAACCGGAUACUGCAGAUGUACAAGGGUAUCACGGUGCUGUCCGAACCCUCCAGGGGUCUGUACUACGGAAAUGACACAGGAAGCGGCCGGCUCACGAGCCGGACGCCGACCACGCAGCCCGAAGUUAUGAUUGAACAGUGGAAGUUGUACCUCAUCUUCGCCUGUACCACGCUGGCCGACACGGGUAGCCAAAUGACAAGCCCUGCCCAGGCUACACAGCAUAAUCGGAAGACAUCCAAACCAAACGCGGCUGACAAGAUCGUUUCAGCCCGUCUGCUAUUCAAGUACCUCAUACCACUUCUCUCGGCGUCUUCCGCCUCUGUCCGCGAUGCUGUGGUUCUCGCCAUGGGUUCCAUCAACAAGCACAUUUACAGGCCACUUCUCGAAGAACUUGCUGGGCAGGCAUCUCGGUGCAACGACGAGGCACGCGCUCGGAUCCACCAGCGCACCAACAGCAGCCCUCGACGGAAUAGAAAGAUGGACCUCUUGCGGACCGAGAUCACGCAUAUUUACAAACUCACGUCGCACUUCCUGAAGGAGCCUGAUCUCUACCAAGACGAAUGGGUUUUGAACAAUCUGGUCAACUACACCAGAGACCUUAAGCUUUUUCUUAUGGACGGCGAAGUCCAGAUGGACUGGGAAUUUCAAAAGCUACGUCGCCAUUACUGUGGACUCAUGGAAGAGCUUUUUGAUGGUAUCAAUCGGACGUCAGACCCCUCCAGGUGGAUGACGUUUGAGUCUAGAAAAUCUGCGUUUUCUCUCAUGGAAGACUGGUGCGGCUUCUCACCAAAUCAAAACCAAAUCAGGGCCAGGGAAGACACUAUGAGACAGUCUCUGAUCGAUCAGCAAUCCCAUGGCGAGCGAGGGACCGUGACCGCGGCCAUGGAAAUCGAGAAGCGCAAUCUCCGCACGGCAGCACUCAGCGCCAUGGCCGCCCUGUGCGGCGGGCCUAUGAGUAUCACGACGGAGAGUGGUGCAACACUGCAAUUCGAUCUGCGUCGAAUGCUUGCUUGGAUCGAGGCCAUUUUCAACUCUGGCAGUGACCGUAUGAACGUCAUCGGCCGGCGGGCGCUGCAGAACCUGAUCACGCACAACCAGGAGUACCCUUACCUCCUCGAACAGGGCUGCAUUGCUCGGUGUUACUUGUCGGAUGUGCCGAAAGUUCUCGAGAGCUAUUUUGCUGUGGUCACGCAAGUACUCUUGGAGUACCCUGACUACCCUUCCCCCUUCUGGAAACUGCUCAGCCUCUGUCUCUUCACUCUUGGUAACGAUGAGAGCGAGAUCCGGUCCAAGUCUGCCCGUGUCCUCCGAGCCCUGGAGGAACGGCAGCAGCCCGCUCGAAGCUCCAAGAUACAGGAUUAUGACAUAAGUAUUUCGGACAAGACGAAGGCGGUGUACAAGAACGCCCAGUUCGAAAUAUCAAAGCGGCUGUCGAAGCAGCACACAGAACUGGCCUUCCACAUCUUCUCAGAAUUCACCCUCUACUUCAAGGACCUACAGCCUGCCUCACAGCGCAACGUCGUAGCAGUCCUUCUGCCCUGGAUUCAGUCGAUAGAGUUGAAGGUGGAUCCCAAUGGCGGUCCUAUCGCCGAAUCGUACGUUCUCUUGGCCAACUUACUCGAAAUCACGAUCAAAUCGAGCGGUGCCUUGCACAACGAGGUGCAGGCGCUUUGGCAGGCACUCGCCACGGGCCCAUACCCUGGCAACGUCAGAUUGAUCCUUGACUUCAUCAUUUCUUUAUGCCUCGAACGGCGGGAGCAGAACUUUGUCGAGUACGCCAAGCAAAUCGUUGUUUUCUUGGCAAGCACGACGAGUACUCCCGGCAUCAAGGUCGUUGAGUUCCUUCUCAUGCAGAUCACCCCCAAGGCCAUGGUGCCCAACGAGAAGAAGGAAAUUGCAUCGCCGCCACCGGAUAUUGUUCAGCUUCCAUACUGUGCCGACUUGAGCGAGGCCUUGCCGAUCGGUACAAAGCAGGCUGGAUUCUCUCUGGGCCAGCUGUCCAUGAUACUCUUGGUCGACCUCAUGGUCUCACCGAUACAACUGACGCCAGAGAACGUGCCGGUUCUCCUCCAAGUGGUCACCGUUCUCUGGGAUCAUUACACGCCACUAGUCCAGGAACAGGCUCGAGAGAUGCUUAUACAUUUGAUCCACGAACUAGUCAUCUCCCAACUAGACGAGCAAACGCCAGCCAGCGCCAGAGAGUCCAUUGAGAACAUGAUCGAUCUCAUCCGCCAGCACGAUCGCAGCGUCGUCUGGGGUUACGAGGACAGCAACGGAAAAGCCGAAACCCACGACAACAAGGUCCCGGCAAGCAUGGAGUACUUGACAACUGAAGUUGUCAAGACGUUUGAGAUGACAUACCCUGGCAUCAAGGAGCAAUGGGGUCGGCUGUCGCUGACCUGGGCUACCUCAUGCCCCGUGCGACAUCUCGCCUGCCGAUCCUUCCAAAUCUUCCGCUGCGUUCUUACGUCCUUGGACCAAUUCAUGCUGGGUGACAUGCUUGCUCGCUUGUCCAACACCAUCGCAGACGAAGAUUCCGAGAUCCAAACCUUUUCUAUGGAGAUUUUGACGACCCUCAAGACACUCAUCGUCAAGCUUGAUGCUGAAAAGCUUCUGACAUUCCCACAACUGUUUUGGACGACAUGCGCCUGUCUCGAAUCAAUCAAUGAGCGCGAAUUCCUGGAGGCAGUUGAAAUGUUGAACGAGUUCCUGGCCAAGAUUGACUUCCAGUCACCCAACGUACGGAGAAUGCUGUCCGACGGCCAGCCCUCGCGUUGGGAUGGCGCUUUUGAGGGCUUGCAGGCUCUUCUCUACAAGGGCCUCCGAUCCUCGGUUUGCAUGGACACGACCCUCACUAUCAUGACCAAGUUGGUCCAGCUGCCGAGCGACAACCUAGUCGGUGACGAUAGUCGGCUAUUCUACGUCAUCCUGGCCUACUUUCCGAUGCUGCUGCAUGAGAUGGAGCAGGAGACACCAAGCGAACAAUGUCUCCAAGCGGCCGAGGUUCUCUGCACCGUGGCGGAGGAUCAGGGGUACGGCAACAUCGCGGAGGUCCUCGAGGAGUACAUCGCCUUCAAGCACCAUAUUGACACGCGGGAAUUCCAGGUCCAGUUGUUCAGUGCGCUGAGGGAUCAUUUUCUGCCCAAGUUGGAGUUCAAUAUGGUUGUCUUCUUGAUGGGGCUGCUCACCAACUCCAUCUCGUGGGUCAAGAUCAAGACGAUGAGCAUUCUAAGCACUGUCAUCCCGGAGAUCGAUAUGAGGAGACCCGAGUUGGCCGGUCACGGUUCUGAUCUGAUCUCUCCACUGCUGCGCCUGCUUCAAACCGAGUACUGCAUGGAGGCGCUGGAGGUGUUGGACAAUAUCAUGACCAUGUCGGGCAGCGCGAUGGACAAUCAGCAUCUCCGGAUGAGCAUGACGCGGUCGACGUCCAAGACGGUUCGCAAAGAGUAUGGGCGGAUGCAGAGCUUAUUCGGCAUCCCCGAAGCAUCUGGCUGGGCGAUCCCCGUCCCGGCGAAAAAGACGGAUUCGACGCGGGCCAAUAUCCACGCUGCCUUUUACAUGUGUCAAAACGCCGAAGGCAUGCUGGCCGACGCGACGCCCACGCCCGACGUCGAGUUCCAUGCCGAGGAUUUCCCGUACGGCUACUUCCACCUGCCGGAUCGGACGGAGACGAUGAUGUCGGACGACGCCCAUGGACACGGUAACAUGGGUGACAUAGUGAACAAGCUCGACAGCCUAGACGACUUUUUCGAUGAUCUCGGAGCUAGCCCGCCGCCCAGCGAGGGUCGAUCUUCUCGGACGGUCACCGAGUUCUCGCCCGAUGCAUACGAGUCUGGAGCUCAGCUCUAUGACGAGCAGAUUUUGCCCAUCCUGCACCAGGCGUCUGACAAUUCGACUUUCCAAAACGGCUUCACGGACCGGCCACCGCCGUUGUCGACGCAGAGCUCGGCCAACACGAUGAACCCGGGCGCGUUCAGUGCCAGCGCCGCGCCGCGACCGGGGCUUCACGCGCGGUCCAUCACGUCUCCGUCGGCGCCGGCUUCCUACUAUCCGCACAUCAGCGAGUUCACGUCGGACGAUGAGUACACCGAGGAUGUCUUCUCUGACGCGGACGAUGAGCGGCCCAACACUGGGAAUGGCGAGAGUUCGUUCUCGCUGGAGAGCAUGAUCAGGCCCCUGGCGCAGAGCACGCGGACGGGUAUGCGGCGGCUGACGGGCGGUCGUUCGCGCGAGGGGGACCGCGCACGCGAGCUCUUCCGCGAGCGGACAGCACCCUCAGCGCCGAUGCCCAAGUUGCCGGCGGGGCUCUUCUCGCCGAAGUCGAUACAGCAGCCCGGCAGCGAUAAGAUCUAG